AUGGCCUCGUCGUGCAUUCUUUGGCAAAACAGCCGCAAGACAGUGGUAUUGCUGGAUCUCCCCCGGUCAAUUGAAGAGGCCCAGCUCCCAUCCAGUCAGCUGACAGGCGCAAAUGGACGACAACCCCCCAGCAAGCUGCGCCGGCUGAUAUCGGCACUGCCGCCGGCAGCCCCCUUCCCGACCCCGGAGCCCAAGACGGGCGGGGCCGAACUCCCGCCCACGUCAGCCUCAGCGCAAGUGGCUGAGCUGAUGACCCAGGCGGCGGUUGAAUCCGCGCUGGAGGAGAUCAGACAGUCGUACAACGGACCGUGGUGUUUGCCCCGGAUCUGCUCACCACCACCGCCGCCUCCGCAAGCCCCGCAACCCCAGCACCAACACCACCCGGCAACAACACCACCUCCGGACUCCGGCCCCGACCCUACCCCUUCUCUUCCUGCCAACCACCCACCACCACCACAACCACCCCUCUACCACCUCCCCCCAUCCAGCCACCCCCUCAACGGGCCCCUGCACGCCCUCCGCCCAACCCUCCUCACCGCCUCCCCGCCACAAGGCUUCGACCUGAUAGUGCUGGAUCCGCCCUGGCCGAACCGCUCCGCCAAGCGCAAGCGCAAGAACCGCGGGAGCUACCGCCCCGCGGCCGACGCGGCGUCCGUGCGCGCCCUGCUGCGCCAGGUCCCCGUCGCGUCGCGCCUCGCGCCCGGCGGGCUCGUCGCCGUGUGGGUGACCAACGCGGCGCGGUUCGUGGAGAUGCUGACCGGGAGUCGUCGUGGUCGUGGUCAUAGUCGUAAUGGUGAUGGUGGUGGUGGUGUUGGUGUUGGGGGGUUGUUUGCUGAGUGGGAUGUGGAGUUGGUCGGGGAGUGGGUGUGGCUGAAGGUCACGACGGGCGGGGAGCCGGUUGUGGACGUGGAGUCGCGGUGGAGGAAGCCCUGGGAGCGGCUGCUGAUCGCGCGGAAGAGGGGUGGUGGUGGCGAUGAUGGUAGUGGCUGCGGAGGGACGGGGAGAGGGUCGGUUGAGGGGAAGGUGAUUGUUGCUGUGCCAGAUGUGCAUUCGCGCAAGCCGAAUCUGAGGCCACUUUUUGAGGACCUGCUGCCGGAGCGGUACGAGGCGCUCGAGGUGUUUGCGAGAAAUCUGACGGCGGGGUGGUGGGCUUGGGGGGAUGAAGUCUUGCUGUUUCAGCGGAGGGAGUGUUGGGUCGAGCCGGGGGAAGCGGAUGAGGAUGAGAGCAAUACGGGAACAGCGUCGUAA